AUGACUGGAUAUCAAAGAUAUCAGGCCGUUCAAAGCCUAUGCUCUCCUUAUCCUCGGAAAUCAGUUGAUUUUUUUAAAGGAACAUCAGUAUCAAAUCAAACUGAAAGGUCUUCAUCUCCUGAGGAAGGCACAAAAUCUCCCAUUUCAGUUUUAUCUACUCUUGGUUCAGAAGCUGUGGACGCUCCAGCUUCAUAUCAGCAUAGCAAAAGCUCUCCUUCAUCAACUUUAUGUACUACUGAUAUGCAUUCUCACAGUUUGUCUCCUCUUGAAAAGGAGAAUGAUUACACCACAUCAAAUUCUUCUGCGGAAGAAGGGAAAGGAUCUUUGCCUAUCUUGGAGAAUGUAUUGUGCACGAAAUUCGAACCAGGUUCCAAGGAUACCUUGUGCCAAAGAAGAAGUUGCUGAGAUGUCAGCUUCCACAAGUAUCGAGCUUUUUGGAAGGACUGUUUCACUGUUGGACCCUCAGAAAGAAUCUCCUCCUGGUGCGGAGGAUUGUAAGGUAUCAAUAUCUAAGACUUAACAAGCCGAUUCUGACAUUGAGGAUGAGAAGGCUGUUCAAACAUUACCCUCAGAUAAAUUAGACACAUAUCUGUCUCUUAGUGGAGUUGUUGGAAAUUGGAAUCCAUUGCCAUGUGGUGCUCCGAUUAUUCAAAUGGAGAACCAGAAAGAGAGCCCCAACUCUGUAGAAGGUGAUCCUCCUCUGCUGUGGUGGACUUUGUACCAACUACCAUUUUAUUAUCUCCCUGGAUAUAAACAAACUGCAGUUGAGACAGUCAGUUCUUGUGUGGAUGAAAGA